AUGGCGGACAAAGACAGCGUGGAGAAGUACCUGGAGAAUAACCCCCAGUUUGCCAAAGAGUACUUUGAUAAGAAGCUCCGGGCCGAGGUGCUCACCGCUGCCUUCGCGAAUAGCUUGGAGAUCAAAGAUCCAGCUUCGUUUAAAGACGCCACCCAGAUCCAGGAAUCCGCGGUCAUCUUCGACCUGGUCAAAGAGGUGCAGACCCCGACCUGCAUGGAGAAGUCCAUGCACAGGAUCCUGCAGAGAAUAUGCCUUCUGGCAAAUGCUGACAGGUGCAGCUACUUCGCCUGCAGGUCCAGGAACGGAACGCCCGAGCUGGCCACCGCUCUCUUCAACGUCACCCCGACUUCCCAAUUUGAGCAAAACUUUGUCGACCCGAACUCUGAAAUCGUCUUCCCUCUGGAUAUGGGAAUAGUGGGCUUGACAGCACGUUCGAAAAAGCUACAAAAUAUCCCAGAUGUCAAACAAAAUAAUAACUUCAGCGAAUUUGUGGACAAUCAGACAGGAUACACAACGAAAAACAUACUCUCAGCUCCAAUCAUUUUUGAAAAAGAUGCUGUUGGUGUCAUCAUGGCACUGAACAGAAGUGGAGCGAAUGGAUUUUCAAAGACUGAUGAGGAGAUCUUUGUCAAGUACCUGAAUUUUGCAUCAGUUCUUGCUAUUCAGCACCACGUCACAUAUUUGUGGAAUGUGGAAUCCAGGAGAAGUCAGGUGUUGCUCUGGUCAGCCAGCAAGGUGUUUGAAGAGCUCACAGAUAUUGAGCGACAGUUUCACAAAGCUUUGUACACAGUGAGAACCUACCUUCAAUGUGAAAGAUAUUCUGUAGGCCUUCUGGACAUGACCAAAGAGAAGGAAUUCUAUGAUGAAUGGCCAAUUAAACUUGGAGAUGUAGAACCUUAUAAGGGCCCAAAGACACCAGAUGGCAGAGAAGUGAACUUCUACAAGAUCAUUGACUACCUUUUGGAGGGAAAGGAAGAGAUUAAAGUCAUCCCGACACCUCCGACUGAUCACUGGGCGAUGGUCAGUGGGCUUCCAACCUUUGUUGCUGAGAAUGGCUUUAUCUGUAACAUGAUGAAUGCACCAGCGGAUGAGUACUUCACAUUCCAGAAAGAUGCAGUGGAUGAGACUGGCUGGAAGAUCAAAAACGUCUUGUCCCUUCCCAUUGUCAACAAGAAGGAAGAAAUUGUGGGCGUUGCCACCUUUUUCAACAGAAAAGAUGGCAAGCCUUUCGAUGAGUGCGAUGAACAGAUCACUGAAGCUCUCACACAGUUUUUAGGUUGGUCAGUCCUAAACUGCGACACCCACGACAAACUCAACAAGAUGGAAAACAGGAAAGAGAUCGCACAGGAAAUGCUGAUGUACCAGACCAAAUGCACCAACCAAGAACUUCAGAGUAUCCUGAACACAAGGGAGAAGUUCAAUCAAGAGCCAGAGGACUGUGACCAGAAAGAAAUGUACAAACUCUUGAGAGCAACCAUUCCUGAGGCUAAAGACGUGGAGUUGCUGGAGUUCCACUUCAGUGACUUCCCAGUGACAGAGCAUGACCUGAUCAAGUGUGGAAUUCGGUGUUUCUUUGAAUUAAAUGUGGUCGAGAAGUUCAAAGUUCCCGCAGAGGUCCUGACCCGGUGGAUGUACACGGUUCGAAAAGGUUAUCGGGACAUUACAUACCACAACUGGAGGCAUGGGUUCAAUGUGGGCCAGACAAUGUUCUGUCUCCUACAGACUGGAAAACUGAGGAAAUACUAUUCAGACCUGGAUGCCUUCGCGAUGGUGGCGGCUGCAUUCUGCCAUGACAUUGACCACAGAGGAACCAACAAUUUAUACCAAACAAAGAGCGCAUCUCCGUUGGCCAAAUUACACGGAUCUUCCAUCAUGGAGAGACACCAUCUUGAGUACAGCAAAACGUUGAUGACUGAUGAGAGCCUCAAUAUCUUCCAGAACCUUCAGAAACGUCAGUUUGAGACAGUACAGCAUCUGUUCGAUGUCUGCAUCAUUGCCACAGACUUGGCCUUGUACUUCAAAAAGAGGACAAUGUUCCAGAAAAUUGUUGAUGCCACGGAACCAAUGACAGAGGAGAAAGACAGAAUCAGCCACAUUUCAAACAAUCCUAUCAGGAAGGAAAUCAUCAUGGCAAUGAUGAUGACAGGCUGUGAUCUGUCUGCCAUUACCAAACCAUGGGAAGUUCAAAGUAAGGUUGCUCUCAUGGUAGCAGCAGAAUUUUGGGAACAGGGAGACUUGGAGAAGACAGUUCUGGAUCAGCAGCCCAUUCCCAUGAUGGACAGAAAUAAGGCAGAAGAGCUUCCCAAGAUGCAGUGCGGUUUUAUCGACUUUGUGUGUUCAUUUGUGUACAAGGAAUUCUCGAGGUUUCACAAAGAAAUUACACCCAUGUUUGAUGGACUGAACAACAACAGGAUGCACUGGAAGGAGCUGGCCGAUGUUCACCAGGCAAAGGUGGACGCCAUAGAACAACAGAAGAAGAGCCUGGAAGAGGUUGAGAAGAAAGACAAUGAAGGUGCCAGUAGCUCAAAGUCCAAAACCUGCACCAUAUGCUGAAUGAGGAUAUGCAGGAGAUGCGCCGAGCUGCACAGCGCUACAUUUUUUCCCACAACCGACCAAAGGACUGAGUGCUAUUUGAACCACCACAGUGACAGCAUCAUUGUGCAAUUCCUCGUUUUUAACUAUAGCUCACAAGUAUUGUAAAUAGCUGCAUUUUCUAGAUUAAAUGAUUUACUUACGUUUUAAAAAUAAUGUAUAUACUUACAGUACUACAGACUCCUUGCUGUUAGUUUUGUCUUACCAUUUAACUACUUAAAUGCAGUAAGGCUGCACCCUGCAACAUAUUUGCCCAAGACUUUCUUAAUAAAGUCUUAAAAUGAGCAUUUGGUGACACUGAGCAAAUUCUGAACUACCUGGACAUUUAUUGUUGUCCUUACAAAUUCACAAAGUACAAACUUAACACAUUGUUUUACUAUCAUAUAGCAAUGAAACAGCUGUCAGUUGUUUAGUUUAAAACUAUCUGAAUUAAACUAAUUUAUGCCAAUGGUGCUUAUAAUCAAGUUGGCAAUGUGAAGGUCACGAUUAUUUUUAAAAUGAGGAGUAUUAAUUCUGAUAAGUAAUACUCAAAUUAAUAAGUAUUUAUAAAGUUUCAUCUGAAAUCAAUUUAAGGAUGUGUGGUCAUUUGAUUUGUUUUGGUAAUACCACUUUUGCCUACACAAAUUAUUUUCCAGGAAUAAUUCUUGGAUGUCAUCAAACUACAUACAAAUCUGGACCAAACCGUUUCCAAUGUCUAUACAGUCAUACAGUACUAUACCAGAAAAAAAUUAUACUUUUAUGCAGAAAAAGACUUUAAGAACCUGGCAACGUCUUACAUGACCUUAAACACAUAUACCAAUUGGCCAUUGGUCUUCAGGUUCAAAGUAAUAAUAAAUGCAGAAUUUUUAUGAAUGCUAUUGCAGGUGUUCAGAAACAUGAUGUUCAGAAACAAGAUGAUCAACUCUUGUUAAAUCUUAAGUGGAAUGCAAUUACUAAUUAGUAGACACCAGACUGCAUAUUGUACAAUUAUAUAUUUUUACAGAAAGAGUAAAUAGCUUUGUCGUACGUAUAUACAAGUCAGCUUUUGAAAAUGAUCCACAUUGUAUAAAGAAAUAAGCACAAAGUUUAUGGAGGGAAGACUAGAUUCUUGUCAAAAGGACAGAGACAUUAAAAGUGUCUUGCUGCCCUGCGUGUCUGUAUAAAAUGCUUUAUACCAGUAAGGAGAUUAGACUGGGGUGGCUUUGACUGUAUGCCAGCUUUUAGGAUUCUCCGAGCUUUAAACUUUAAAUUACCUAGAUUAUAUAAAGCAGACUAGUAAAGCCUGAUCAGGUCCAGAUUGCAAAUGGCACCUCACCUAUUUACUUGACGGUCAGAAGCAUUUUCUGAACUCUGCUUUUCGCAAAUCUAAAAGUCAACACCUUUUCAUAUUUGAACUGCUGGGUAUACUCGAGCACGGGUGUCAAACAUUAACCAAAAAACCUAAAAUAUUACGCAAUUGCAAAA